AGAUAGAAUUGAUCGCAAAUAAAUUAAAAGCCAUGACUGUACUAUAUCAACUUGUUUUUACGAUCUCUUUCCUCUCUUUAUUGAACCAAUGUCAUUUAGAAAGAGGAACCAAUAGUAUUCUGAUAGAUAGGAUUCGAGAGCAGAUUCAUGCCAAAGCUGACUGGAACGAUGAUGGAUCUAAUUAUCCGGUCAUUGGAACUAGUGACUGUCAAUUGACUACACCGGGAGAACGUUUCCUAUGCGAUCCAGACUCUUUAGUCAGUCCCGGACAGCUGAGGAUAUUACAAGGACAAAUAGAAUCAACGUUAAGUAAAUCAUCUUGUGGAUGUCAAAGACGGACCAGUUUUAAUUGCAACAGAAAACUAAAUAGAUAUUUACCAAUGGUCGCCUUAGCUGAAAAUAUAACAUAUAAUGGAAGUAUCGACAAUUUUUCAAGGGCACUGUUAAGAAAAUUUAACAUUUAUACUAGUGUAACCUGUAGAAACCGAGAUCGAUUUCCAGAUAACGUUAUUCUACUAGUUAUAGUAAGACAAACAAAACAAUUUAGCAUGCAAAUGGGUGCUAAAGCUAGGGAUAGGGUAAAUAAAAAAUGCUCUAAUAAAAUUAGGGAUGCUAUGAGAAAUGAUCUUCGAGAUGGUAAAUUCUUUGAUGCUUUAGAAAUUGGAUUAAAAUAUACAGAUUCGAUAGCAAGAUGUGACCAAUGUAACGAAAAAUGUAAACUGACAGUUGGAGUUAUUAUUGGAAUUGUUUUUGGAGUAAUAGGCUUUAUAGUUAUAGUUCUUGGUACUAUUAUAUGUUGUAUAGGAUUCUUUCAAAAUUGGGAUUGCGUUGUUGGUACUUGUAUUGGAGUUUGUAUUGGUAUGCUCUUGGGCUGUAUUCAAGCUUGUAUUAACGCAAUUAUAGCCUCAAUUAUUGCAUCGAUGUGCGAAGCUUGCGGCUGUGACGAUUGUUGCUCUUGCGAACCUUUCGAAUGCGUCGACGAAGAUGGUCAACCCAGCGGAUUUUCUGGAGGAUAUUAGACAUAAACUAUUCCUUCUUCAGAAGUUACCUUUCUUUCAUACAUCUCAAAUUUUUAGGCUUAAUCGUAUUUUUCUGACUUUUUUGAUCUUUAUAUAAUGAUUCUUGUCAUUAUCAUUUGUAAUUGAAAGAAAUGUAAUACAAUUUAUAAUUGAUUAUAUUAAUAAUUAUA